AACCCCAAACUUUACCGAAUCGAUCCCAGAUAAAUCGAUCGAGCGAUCGAUCUCUCUGCCGGGUAUUAUCCGUCCUGCGCAGCGUUGCCUCUUCCUUUUUGCUGACUGUGACAGCCAUGGCCCCGAUCAAAAGGAACGUGGUCAGGAAGACUGGUGGGAGGAAGAAGAAGAUCCUGAAGUUCACCCUGGACUGCACUCACCCUGUCGAGGAUGGCAUCAUGGACGCUGCAAACUUUGAGCAGUUCCUGCAGGAACGCAUCAAGGUGAACGGCAAGGCUGGAAACCUUGGAGGUGGUGCCGUGUCCAUUGAAAGGAGCAAGAGUAAAAUUGCAGUGAACUCUGAGGUCCCCUUCUCAAAGAGAUACUUGAAGUAUCUCACCAAGAAGUACCUGAAGAAGAACAACCUCAGGGACUGGCUGCGUGUUGUGGCAAACACCAAAGAGAGCUACGAGCUGCGCUACUUCCAGAUCAACCAGGACGAAGAGGAGGAGGAAGACGAGGAUUAGAGCGAACACCACUUUUAAUAAAGUGUAAAACACAUGA